CGCAGACUGAGCGCAAGGUCAGUUUGGAGCGGGUGGCAGCCUGCCUGGGGGCGGGAGACCCUCCUCGGGGCUGGGCGGAGGCCUUUAAGCACCUCGCCAUAUUGGAAGGCCACGCUGAGCCGUCUUUGUCUGAGAGUCCUCCCAAGAACUUUCAGCUAUAUCCUGGUGUCUGGGGCAAGGGAGAAGCGAUCGGAGCUCGUAGGACCCCAACUUGGAGCCGGGACACUGGCGAUUCCAGUUUGGACUGAGCUUUGAGCCUCGGGAAUGAGCGUGCUUCAGUUCAUGUAAGCAUCCUGGAAAACUGCUUGCUACAACUCCGAGAGGGUUGGGGGAGCCAACUUGGACUGUUGCCUGAAGAGAAAAUUGCAGGGAGGAGACACUCUGUGUGAACAGAGUUGUGAGGACUGCCCACCGCCCCCUCCCCAAGACUAGCAGCCAAGAGUCUGGGCUUUUUGCCCCCCACUCGAGCGUCCACGCUGGAGAUCUUAAAGACUCUCGAAAAAAGCCACGUAGGGGGAUGGUUCCCCUGGGGCUUCCUUCCGUCUCCCGAUUGCCUGAUCCUCUGGAGUGUCCCCGAUGUCUGCAAAGAUGUCGAUCUGGACGUGUUAGUGGAGGCCUUAAGGCCUGUGGGCACCUUUAAGAAAAUCGGGAAGGUGUUCCGCAAAGAAGAGGACUCCACGGUGGGGAUGCUGCAGAUUGGGGAAGAUGUUGACUAUCUGCUCAUCCCCCGGGAGGUCCGCCUGGCUGGGGGCGUGUGGAGAGUCAUCUCCAAGCCUGCAACUAAGGAAGCUGAGUUUCGGGAGCGGCUAAUCCAGUUUUUGCAGGAGGAGGGCCGCACCCUGGAAGAUGUGGCCCGUAUCAUCGAAAAGAGCACUCCACACCCACCCCAACCCCGCAAAAGAACCAAGGAGCUGAGAGUGAGGAGAGUCCCGCAGAUGGUCACUCCUCCACUUCGGCUGGUUGUAGGCACCUAUGACAGCAGCAAUGGCAGCGACAGUGAGUUGAGUGACUUCGAUACCUCCAAAGUCAAAGGCAACAGGAGCUCCUCCGGGAGGACCAGGAAGGUGCGCAAAAUGCCGGUCAGUUACUUGGGCAGCAAAUUCCUGGGCAGCGAUGUGGAGAGCGAGGAUGAUCAGGAGCUGGUGGAGGCCUUCCUCCGCCGUGGGGAGAAGCCCAGCGCGCCUCCUCCACGACGCCGAGUCAAUCUUCCAGUGCCCAUGUUUGAGAACAACCUGGGGCCCCAGCCAUCCAAGGCCGACAGAUGGAGGGAGUAUGUUAGCCAGGUGUCCUGGGGGAAGCUGAAACAGAGGGUGAAGGGCUGGGCACCCAGAUCAGGCUCCGAGGUGGGCCAGGCCCAGCAGGCCUCCACAGCAGCUGAGAGAGCUGGAGAAAUGAGACACAGCCAAGCCAGCCCGGACGAUGAUAGCUCCAGAAACACAGGAGACCGGAGCGACCAGAUGUUGGGUACUAGACGCUGGAAGCCCAAGAUCAAGUGGGUUUCCCUGAGACGAUACAGGAAGGAGCAGGUGCCACCCUUCGCUCAGGGGACAGGCAUGCCAGCUGAGGAGCACCCAGAGGCUGCAGAGAACCAGGGGGCAGAGGCUGCAGCUAACCAGGGGGCAGAGGCUGCAGCUAACCAGGGGGCAGAGGCUGCAGCUAAUCAGAGGGCAGAGCCUGUAGCUAGUCCAAGGGCAGAGGCUGUAGCUGAUCCAAGAGUAGAGGCUGCUGCUGAUCCAAGAGCAGAGGCUGCAGCUAGUCUCAGGGCAGAGGCUGUUACUAGUCCAAGGGCAGAGGCUGCAGCUAGUCCAAGGGCAGAGGCUGCAGCUGAUCCAAGAGCAGAGGCUGCAGCUAGUCCAAGGGCAGAGGCUGUAGCUGAUCCAAGAGUAGAGGCUGCAGCUAGUCCAAGAGCAGAGGCUGCAGCUAGUCCAAGGGCAGAGGCUGCUGCUAACCAGAAGGCAGAGCCUGUAGAUAGUCCAAGAGCAGAGACUGCAGCUGAUCCAAGAGCAGAGGCUGCAGCUAGUGUAAGGGCAGAGGCUGUUGCUAUUCCAAAGGCAGAGGCUGCAGCUAGUCCAAGGGCAGAGGCUGUUGUUAGUCCAAGGGUAGAGGCUGCAGCUAGUCCAAGGGCAGAGGCUGCAGCUAGUCCAAGGGCAGAGGCUGUUGCUAGUCCAAGGGUAGAGGCUGCAGCUAGUCCAAAGGCAGAGGCUGAAGCUAAUCUGAGGGUAGAGGCUGCAGUUAAUCUCAGGGCAGGAGUCCCACCUGACCAGAGGGCAGAAGCCAUAGAUAGUCAGAGGGCAGAGGGCCCAGCUAACCAAAGAACUGGUGCUACAGAAAAUCAGAGGGUGGAAGUCCUAGCUGACCAGAGGGCAGGGGUCCUCCAUGACCAGAGGGAGGAGGCUGGACCUCAGGGUAUACAGGAAGCCUCAGCUGGUUCGGGAUCUAGGGCCCAGAAACAGGUAAAGACAGUGAGGUUCCAGACCCCAGGACGCUUCUCAUGGUUUCGCAUGCGCAGGAGAGUCUUCUGGCACACUCCCAGGUUGCCAACCCUGCCCAGAAGAGUUCCCAGGGCAGGUGAGGCCAGGAGCCUCCGGGUGCUAAGGGCUGACAUCAGAGCAGACGUGGAACACAGAGAGCAAGAAGAACAGCUGUAAGGGAAGCCCAGUGCCCCUGCCCCCUGCCUGCCUUUGUUAGCUGCUGGGAUGCCUCUCUCCUUUUCAGGCCCCUUCUCUCUCCAUGUUUGAAAAUGGAGGCUGGGGGGUGGGGUGGGCAGGGGCGAGGGGGCAGGCAGCACCGCCCACACCUUUCCUCCCCUUUCCACCCUCAUUCUCUACCCUUUCCUCUUCUUCCCUCUCCCUUUCCUCUCUCUCUUUUUCUUUCCUUCUGUCUCUAUUUUUUAUUUGAGACAGAGUCUUGCUAUGCAGCCCCGAUGGCUUGGUGCUCCUUAUAUAAUUGGCCUCAAACUCACAGUAGUCGUCUACCUUAGCGCCCAGAGCACUAGGGUUACAGGUGUGUGCAUCUACAUCUGGCCCCAGUGACCCUCUUUUGUUUUGUGUUGUUUGAGAUAGGGUCUCUCUAUUUAGCCCCG